GUCGGCAGCAGGAUAGCGGACAGGGUGUUUGACAUCACCAGAGCGUUUCCCCUUGCUUUGGAUGUCGGCUCUGGAAGAGGUUACAUAGCUCAACAUUUAACCAAGGAAACAGUUGAAAAACUUAUUCAAGUUGAUAUUGCAGAGAAUGCUUUAAAAAACGCUGUAGAAUCUGAGAUCCCUACAAUCAGUGUUGUGGCUGAUGAGGAAUUCCUUCCUUUCAAAGAAGAUACAUUUGAUCUUGUUGUUAGCAGCCUAAGUUUACAUUGGGUGAAUGACCUUCCUAGAGCUUUUAGAGAGAUUCACCAAGUUCUUAAGCCAGAUGGAGUAUUCAUUGGUGCAAUGUUUGGGGGAGACACUCUGUAUGAGCUUCGCUGCUCUUUGCAGCUAGCAGAAUUGGAAAGAGAAGGGGGAUUUUCUCCUCAUGUAUCACCAUUCACUGCUGUCUCUGACUUGGGACAUCUGUUGUCAAGAGCUGGCUUUAACACCCUGACUGUGGAUACUGACGAAAUUCAAGUCAACUACCCAGGGUUGUUUGAGGUUAUGGAAGACUUGCAAGGUAUGGGGGAGAGUAAUUGCUCUUGGAAUAGAAAACCUCUGCUACACAGGGAGACAAUGUUGGCAGCUGCUGCAAUAUACCAAGGUAAGUAUUUGAGAGGUAAUGACGAUGGCUCAGUACCUGCCACGUUUCAGAUCUACUACAUGAUUGGCUGGAAAUUCCAUGAAUCACAGGCAAGACCAGCCCAGAGAGGUUCUGCAACAGUGUCUUUUGGAGAUCUGGCAAAAAUUGAUGGACUUCUUUCAAGAGGGAAAAAAUAG